GCUCAUGUGACCCAACUUCCUCAAAGAUCCUACGAUGAUGUUGCUGUGAUCCAGAUUAAAUAAGAAUUUAUCAAAAUUUAAAACAUACGUUUGCUGCAUAAUGUACGUUACAGAUUUGUUUAUAACUUGAAGGAUUAUAAAAUGGAUUGGAAGAAAGGUUUUAGCUAUACCUUUCUAAUAUUUGUGGGCGUUUUAUGUACAACAAUUCCAACAGUAACGGCACAAGGGGACAUCAGGUGUAAAUGUGUUUGCCCAGAUAGAUCUGAAAACACCACAACAAACAAGCAAAAUGUAUAUCACAAUGUGGAUGCUAAUCCAGAAGAGUGUACAUGUGAAUAUGUAGUGAAACCCACUAUAAAGGAGAUUGAUGCUGGUUUCUGCUUCAGAUGUGACUGCAAAUAUCAGAGACGUAACACUACAACUAUAAAGGUGUUGGUGGUGCUGAUUAUAGUGGCAUUAUCACUUCUGGUCAUAUACAUGCUUUUCCUACUGUUACUUGAUCCUUUGAUGAACAGAAGGAAACGUUUAUACCAGCAACAUAAGAAUGAGGUGGUGAAUAUUAGUUUGGAUGACCAAGAUGAGAUAACAACACCUAGGCAGUCUAGGGACCGCAUAGGCUCAAAGACUAUUGUUACCCGAGUCAGAGAUACUCAGGAAAGAUGGAAAGGAACAGUUCAAGAACAAAGGAAAAACAUAUUUGACAAACAUACAAUGUUGAAUUAACUAUCUCUGUUUUUUAUCAUUGUGGCAUCAUUAGUUAAUACUGAAUAUUGUUUUAGAAUUAGGGAAUUCCAUGAUAGAUAUUAAAAAUUACUGCAAUUGGUAAAUUAUGUACAAGUGUCAAGUAAAUGUUUCAUUACUUUUCUUAUAAGUGACUUCCGUGUAUGUAUUUCAAAGGUAAAAUAUUUUCAUUCUGUUUUUAAAUGUCAAAUUUUAAAAAUGUCAACAUUUGAUUGAAAUUAUAUUUUAAUUCAUUUCAAAAUGAAUAUUUCAUCGUCUUUUGGCACCAUGACAUCAAUUGAUUAUGUUGUUAAUAAGUGCUUUUCUGCUACUUCAUGUAUUGUUUAGAAGAACUAAAGUAAUAAUUCUAUAAUGGAACAUUAUAUUGCACUGUUGGUGAUAUUUUUAUUUUGCACUACUCAGACUGUUAGUUUACACCAGAGGUCAAUAGCAAAAUGUAUAGAUCUGAGGGCAUUGUUAAUAGGUGUUGUAAAUAUUUGUUAUAUAUGUUUGUAAAAUACAUGGAAUACAGGCAUUAAACCAGUAAUUGCAUUUUUUUCUUGCCAAUUGCUAGUAAAUUUAA